ACUUACUCUGUCAGACUAUUUUAAGUAAGAACAGAGUCACUAAUUGUAGUCCAUUGCUACAGAUCGGUGUUCCAUGUUGCGAGAAGUAAGGUCGAUGCAUUAUAUGACUUCUCCUUGAGUGGGACAUUUUUGCGAGACAUUUUGCUUCUGAAAAUAACUGGACUGGAGCACCAUAACUUGAGAGUUCAGUAUGCCUCGCUCUUUCCUGGUAAAAAAGUAUUUCACCAGCAAGAGGCCAAACUACAGCGAGUUGGAAUGUCAAAAUGACAGAUACCCGCUUGCAGAACUCCCAGCAGUCAGCAAUGACUUUCCUGUGACUUGCUUGACCACUGGACUAGUAUGGGACAUCACCUUGUUACCUUCCCUGCAUGAUCCCACAUCCCCGACCACCCUCUCCACUAGCCAGGGCCCACUGGACCUCAGCUCGCCCUCCAGUGUCAGCUGCAGCAGCAGUGGGGAAGAAGAUGAAGGACGCACAUCAGAUCCACCAAGCCCAGAUUCCUCAGACACCUACCACCCACAGCAGACGAGCAGACCAAGACGCAACACCAAAAACAGGGCAGCGCAGAGGGAGGACAAGAGUGAAGAAUCUGUCCCCACGACCCGUCCAGCCUUUUUCUGCAAGCACUGUCCCAAAGAAUACAACAGUCUCGGAGCUCUGAAAAUGCACAUCCGCUCACACACACUACCAUGUGUCUGCCCCACCUGUGGAAAAGCCUUCUCCCGACCCUGGCUGUUAAGAGGACACAUUCGCACACAUACAGGUGAGCGUCCAUUUUCCUGCCAGCAUUGUAACCGUGCCUUUGCUGACCGUUCUAACCUGAGGGCGCACCUGCAAACCCACGCAGAUGUGAAGAAGUACCAGUGUGGCACCUGUUCUCGCACCUUCAGCCGCAUGUCCUUGCUGCAGAAACACACCGCAGCUGGCUGCUGCCCCUCCACCGCUUAAAGGCACCGGGUCACUGGGAGCCAUCGUAUGAAAGAAAGUGGAAAAGCAACAUUUCUGUGUUGCCAGGUGGUGCUAAUAGGACAUUGUGCCUCGUGAGAUAAUAAUGACUGUGUGCCUCUCUUCUCAACAACCACACAUAUGGGACCGGAGAUGGACAACAUAGCUAAAACAUUCAAGAAAACUUCCUAAACUUAACAUGGUUGAUACAUUCCACAUUGCUAGAUAAGUUUUGGACUUGUUUUUCUUAACCAAAAUACUACAAAUGAAGGAAUUAUGAGAGAUGUACUGCAAAUUUAAGUAUAAUAGCUGCCCUAAAAUGCCUCUUUGUGCCAUUCGGUUACGAGUACUGAACCAGGGACAGCUGCUGUCAGGUUGGGGGUUGACUCGCUAUGUUUGGGUAUGUCUCUCAGCAUGACAUACACAUACAAAACAUAUGCACACAGAUAGACAGCUGUUCUGUGGUGCGGAGGCAGUGUGCUAACAGGUGUUUUAGCCCUGACGGUCACAUCUCUGAUAACAGGUGGUGUCUGCAGAUUUCUUUAGAAACACAUUUGGGAAGAGCCAUAAAGAAGUGGAGCUGACUGUGUUUUUAGUUGGUUUUAUUGGGGAUGUAACCUGCAUGCGCAAAAUUUGCCUUGAUCUCAUUUCUUAUUUUUGUACCAAUGUCUGUUUUUACCACUCCUUUUGUAUACUUCCUUUUUGUUGGAUCCGGGGACAUAAGAGUUUUAAAAUGCACUCUAAUUUACCAAAGAGUAUUGAAGUCCUGUCAUUUUUUAUUAACUAAUGAUUGGACGGCAAAGCCAUGUUUGCAAAAUUUUUCCUUUUUAUAAUUUAAAGAUGUUUUCUUGUACCUCAAUGUUUUUCUAGUGAUGAGCGCAAACACUUUUUUUUUAUUUUUUAUCUGAUGUGAAGAAAAGGAAAUCGCACAUUCUUCUGUCCAUUAUGCAUGUGGACAUAACGGCUGUAAUGUGUUGCUAUGUAUUGACAUCAGAAACUGUGCAUGAAAUGUUUUUUUUAGUUCUGUGCAAUGAUUAUAUAUAUUUGUUUCAUCUUUCUGUAUUUGUCCAAAUCAUUUCCAUCCAAUAUCCAUCCAAUAAAAAUAAUUUAAGUUUAU